CGAACUGGCGCUGGUAGCCGCUGCUCUGGGCAGGAUCCAACGUUGUCGCGGCUGUCCUUGAAGACCCCGCACAAUCCGUUGGCCAUGGCCAGCAAAGGCUUGCAAGACUUGAAGCAACAGGUGGAGGGGACCGCCCAGGAAGCGGUGACAGCAGCCGGAACAGCAGCUCAGCAAGUGGUGGAUCAGGCCACAGAGGCCGGGCAGAAAGCCAUGGACCAGCUGGCCAAGUCCACCCAGGAAACCAUCGACAAGACCGCUAACAAAGCCACCGAUACCUACGCGGGUUUCGGGAGAAAACUCGGCCUCCUGAAAUGACAGGAUAUAUGGGUGACCCCCGUACCCCCCAGGCCUUAUCCAGCAGCGCCUGGCCCCAAACUCUGGGCAGCGGAUAUCUCCUUGUUCUGCCCUCUCAUUAAAAUUCACGUUGCUGUUAACA